AACCUGUCAUGUGAUGUAAGCUUGGAGUUCCUGGUUCCUAUGACUUGCUCGAUCAACCCAAGACAAGCCUGUGUCUCGCUCAACAGCAGUAGAUAACACCCACACAGAAGAUAAGAAUCGGGCAAAUUCUACUUAGUAUUUUUUAAAUUUUACUAUAUAGACAGAAUAGUAAUAUCCGAUCAAUUAUUACAAUGGAGUUUUCCGGUUUUAGUUUGUUCAGUCUGGUACUGGUGUCGUUUUUGGUGGCACCGGCGUUGACAUGUACAAUGAGCUUCAAGCCUUGUCCUGGAGUGCCUUUGAAAGGACAACUGGUAAAGGCUCAGUUCAACGGAACCUGCCAGGGACCUUUGGCUAUUCUGAAGAAGGGCACUUCAGUGGCCAUUGAUUUCACCUUUAAAGCCAAUUUGGACGAGUCCAAGUUAACAUCUAAAGUUUCUGGCAAGAUUGGAGAUUUCCCCUAUGUGAACUUUCCUCUCAGUAACGCAGAUGCCUGCAAAGACUCAGGCCUUAAAUGCCCCAUCAAAGCCAGUACGACUCAAAACUACACGCCAAUUCUUGAAGUCAAAAGCUAUUUCCCUUCUGUCAACGUUUUUGUCAAAUGGCAAUUGGUGGAUGGAGCGAACAAUGAUGUCUUCUGCGCCAUCAUUCCGGCCCAGAUUGUGUAAGCUUAACUGGUUAGCGUACACUGUUGUGAAAAUUGACAGAGGUGCUGAAUUAGCAUGACAUCAAUGGUUUGCUCUCAGGGUUCGUUCCUUUGUACUUGAUCACUUCGCAACUGCUCUCCCCUUAUAACCAUCGUAUGUGUGAUUUUUGUCUUGUUUGAAAUGUCAGAAGAGUAUACUAUAAGUAUAAAGGCUAUGGGGUGGUUCCUAGUUGUUUGGUCUGAUUGAAUGUGUGUAUUGUAUUGUCAUGUCUGGACAUUAGUUUUUUAAGAUGUCAUGUGUAUCAAUUUUCUUGAUCUCUCAUUUUGUCAGCCUAUGAUAUGUGUGUGCGUGUGUGUGGGUAUGCUUAUUUCUUAGAGUGUAAUGCUCGCAGCUAAAGGGAUUUGGAAACAACAACAAUACAACAACAUGCUUAUUUCUUUUUCUUCGAAUGAUAAAAUAAUAGACAAUAUUUCUCUCUUCUACACACAUCCCUCUGUCAAUUUUUUCUACUACUGCCCUGUUAAUUGUGUGCUUGAACUUUAUUUAAUUAUCGUUAUUAUUGUUCUCAUUCUUCUUAUUAUUUUCAUUAGCAGCAGUAAGGACCAGUGAAAAUCACCAGAGAAGGUAGCUCUAUGUGGUCAGCUGUGAUUCAGGGCUGAAAUUGUCUGAGUUCACCCUGAAUUCAGGAUUUUUUAAAAGGUUGACCUAAAAAGAAAAUCUUGCUGACAUGCAAUGCUUACGAUUUUUAUAAAGCUUUUUUUUACCAUGCUUUAAUGCUGAACAUUGGAGAGAAAAGACUGUACAGGAUCGUAAAGGCAUGUCCAACCAACCUGCAUUGUUUGAGUUUUAUUCAUGCAGAGUACUCUCUACUCAUUUCUUUUCGAUCUGUCUGUUAUUUUGACCUGUCUACACCAAAGAUGUGCCACUUGAAAUUUUGUUGAUACUUCUGUUUGCUCACAUGAAGCUUUAGAUGGCAAUUCUGGAUAAUUUUUUCUGUGACUUCUGAUAGGCGGAAAAAGCUGGAUUUAUCUUUGCACUUGGAACAUUCUUUGUAUGGAAGUUGAGGUUUUCAAAUUAUACAAUGUAUAUUCAUAAGUGCCUUUCUCAUCGCCCAUUACAAAGAAAUGAUGGACAAGUUACUGAAAAGUGUUAUCAAUUAAACUUCAGGCUGUUUAUACCUAAUUUUGCUUUCUUGCCAUAUGAUCAUUAGAAAAAUCAGUUUCUGUUGAUACUUGAUGUUUAUGUUUACGUCUUUACCUCUCUUAUGACCUUGUUGCCAGGCUGUAAAAUGAUGUUAAACUAGGGUUUGAGUAUGUUAUAGAGAAAUCCUCCACCCUCCUACUUCACAGGAAGAUCUGUUUGGGUGGUUGGCGGGUGCCCUGGUGUGAUUUGCUCCUUCUUUCCUAUGAAGCUUCUGUUGUCCUUAUCUCUCCUCCUCAUUUUUUUGGUAUGUUACUCUCUAGUGACACCUCUAAUCUUGUGCACUUACAUAUGACCAAUUUGUGUUGCAAGUGCUGUAAACUCUCAUUAGAACUAAACUGAGACGAGAGAUCUGCUUUUUUGGUUUCAUAUUAUUUUAUGAGACUUCUUACACUAAUCAGACUGACUUGUCAAGGUUGUUUUUUUCUGCUGUGAAUUGCACUUCUUUUUUCACUUCUACAUACACAUAUAUAUUGUAAUUUAUACCUAGAUUAUUUUUUCCGCUCCUCUGUGAAAAAAUUACUUUAAUGAUAAGAUCUGUUCAUUUUGCUCAGGGUCUACUUUAAACUUGCUAUCUUUUUAUUUUCAAUGAUCUGGUUUGGAAGAUGUGGUAUCUUUAACUAAGAGGGGCAGACAUUUCUGUGUCUACUUUUAAAACUUUAAUGACUGCUUUACCAUCUGCUAUAAAAGUACAUUCUACGACAAUACAUGUUUGAAUAAGCUGGUUUGCUUAUGAUUACCCGACCCAUGUACGUGCAUGAUUUCCGACUUUAUAACAGGAUUUUUCUUGCUAAUGUACAUGAUACUUUGUUUAAAAAUUAGAUGAAUCCAAUGGGUGAUACUCCAUAGUUGUUGUUGAAUUAUACAGUUUUGAGAAGUACCUGUUAUGGGGGUUUGAACAGAAUAAAAUGAAAAGGACUAGCUGUCCAUGAUAUGCCACCUAUCACAUUAGUAUUGGCACUGAAGUUCCUGCUGACAUGGGCAGUGAAAGGCAAAGCUGUUUCAUGUAAUUUUUGGGUAAAUUAUGUUUUAUUCGACAAAUAUUGACAGGUUUCCUCUAGAGUAUUGAGUAUGAUUCAUGAUGUCUUUGUGUGUUAUCGCUUCCUCUCCUCUGGGGAGAAAACUAACUGCUCUUUCCUUAUUUUGAAAGUGGGAUACGUUUUGCUUUUUAUUGAAUCUUUUCUUUAAAAGAAAAGACAUUCAAUUGUAGUGUUUUUAAAUUUAAAUCUGGAAUGCAAUUAUUUCUGCUUGUUUGAAGCUGUGUUGAUAUUGUUUGGAAAAAUGUUGAUUAUUGGAUAAUUUUAGCUUUGCAUUGCAAUUUCUGUCCUACAUUUCAGUGUCAUAGUCAUAAUAAUUAUGGGUUCCCAAUAAUUAUAAGAACUUAUGUUGUUAUUUUUAUAACGUUCAUGAAACAGCUUAAUAACUUGAUAACCUCCUUUAGUUAUGGUUUACCAAUAAAGUCUUGAGGGUCCCAA